GUGUAUCCUUCCAUACGUUUUACAUCAACUAUAUCAGUCGAUAUGCAUAUCGAACGUGUUAUACACCAAUCCAGAAAUUAUACUCAGGAAACGCCAAAGUUUUUGUGCAGAGUAAAUGACGCAACAAAUGACUAUGCUUAUGAUAUCAACUUCUACAUCAAUAAUGUUCUAAUUACUGGUGCAAUAUACACAAAUGUAUCCAACACUAACAUAGGAACUGCAGUUCUUUUACAAAAACACUGGGAGGAGACAUUCAAACCGAAUAUGAUGGUCAAUUGUUCGGUGCAAGCUAGGUACAAGAACAGAGGUGUUGCUGGACCAAAAUAUUUUUCACAGAUUUAUUUCGCAGGAAUUAAGGUUGUAGAUGGUGUAAAUGGAAUACAUGUAGAAGAAAAUGAACCGAUCAGCGUUGAAAUAAAAUCUACUCUGCCCAUUGGAUGUUUCUAUCAAGAAGGAAUAAACGUUCAAAGAUCAAAGUCAGGAUGCUUCGUAGGACUAUAUAAUGGGGUUCCAAAAUAUCAAUCUACUGAUGAUAACGAAGUUGUCUGUUCUGAUGAAUCUUUCGUUCAAAGCAAUCUAGAAUUUGAUGAACAAGAAUGUCGGCUAACAAUACCACAUGUUGGAUGGAGUAACAGCUAUUUUAUCAAUGUAACUGGUGUAUCGGAUGGUAUUGUAAACAAAGUAGACAGAAUUGUUUUCCUGCGAUUGUAUACUACGAUUGAUCAUGCUAAUAAAGAGGAUAUUCUAAAAAUCUGGAAUUCAAUACAUCUACCAGAUUUAAAAAUUUACAUCAGUGACAAGGAUAUAACACAUAUCGACAAUACUUGUUAUUCUAGCAAUGAUCCUUACUUAAAAACUUUUGACAAAAGUGAAUGGAAUAUUACUUCUCCAAACGACUACGGAGAAUAUAUUAUGUACAAACACGAAACACUACCACAACAGGUGAACGUAUAUUUCUCUCACUGUAUACUCAGAACAGGACUAUGUAACUGUGGUGUGGCUGUACGAAGUGCUGAUAGCAUAUUCAUUGCUAAUUUCUGCGAAACAGGAAUUUUAACUAAAAGAAAAACAAACCGGUACAUUACCUCAAGAAUAUGCGACGAUCAAAACCUUAUUGUGACCGAAGAUACAGAUAAAACGUUUAAAAUCACCUUUCCUUCUGGAACUGUCGUCUUCAUCAACAGACACGAUUUCGAGCAUACUGACUCUCCAUUUACCUUCUUCAGCAAAAUUGAAAUAACACCUUCAAAACUCGAUUUCGACCUAACAACUGGACUCUGUGGUAAAUACAAUAACAAUCCUACGGACGACUUUGUAACCAGAAAAAACAGCUUAGAUUCAAAACAUAAUCUAAGGCAAUUCGCUAAAUCUUGGCGGAUAGACAAUAAUUCGACAGAAACGUUUUUCGAUCCAACAAGAUUGCCUCCGUUGAACUACAAAGUGCAAGAGUAUUGCACAUGUGAUGCAUAUGCGUCAAUACAAGGCCAAACGUCAAAACCGAACUUUAAGUGUAGGUUAUAUAGCCGCAUGGAAGCAUGUAGGCAAAUAGAAAUAUCAACAACUAUAUACCAUGCUUCUUGCAUUACAUCCAGUCACAGGCAAAAAAGGUCGCUGGAGGAGGACGAUGAGGCGCCACCAAUGUAUGACAUGAUAGAUGAUGAACAAGUGGAAGUCGAUGACCAACCUGCAGUAUGGAGGAAUGGACUGACAGAAGAUAUUGCAAGGCAAAAAUGUGAAAAUGCAUUUAACAUCUUACCAGCAUUUGAAAUAUGUGCAGCGAAUGUCCCAACUGUACAGUCCGUUAAUUACAUAGACCAGUGUAUAAGUGACAUGAAGAUAGCAGGAUCAGACAUAUUUUUAUAUUCUAAUAUCAGAAACUUUGAGACCAUGUGCUUGAAUGAUGCAAAAAAAUUUGAAAACCUUACAGACAAAAAUAUUAACAGCGCUACAGGAGAAUCAACAAGUAUAUUAACAGUUAUUGCUGAGUUUACAUGUCCAAGAAAUUGUUCUGGAAAGGGAUCUUGCGCUGAAGGUUAG